AUGUCCGAACAAGGAAACCGGAGGAUAUUAACAACCGAGCGAAGCAACGAAUCCAUGGUCACAGGGGAUCACGAAGAGGGGAAGCCUGAGUUACUCCAGGGGAUAAGUAGCGAGGGGGGCAAAAACAAGGCGAGCCCCUACCCCAGUGAGCUUCCCCUCCCGCAUGAGGUGACUCGACCCAAGAGCCACAGUGCAGCCCCAGCACCGCCAAACAGGAACAGUGUUAACCAUGAAAAGAUAAAGAAGAGUCUAAGUGAAGAGAAGUGCGACAAAAAGUAUGCCCACAUCCUGUAUGAUGAUGGAAAUCCAGAAAUCACCUUUUUUGUAAACAAAGAAAAUUUAAAAAUAGCGAAAUAUGCCUGGAGAGUGGAAAAACCAAAGGCAUAUGUAUUCGCCUUGCAUGGAAUCACGUCCCACUUGAGAAAUGAAUACCUCAACUAUAUGGGUAGACCAUCAUGGGUUGAUGAGGGGAAACAGAAAGGGGAAAUGGCUAGCUGUGCCGUUGGCUGUGAGUAUGACCAGAUGCAAGGGGACAAUUUGAACUGCUGGGACUCAGCUCUGUCUGUUAAGAAAUCGGAUUGUAUGGAUGAUAACGGGAAGGUUGUGCAUGGGGAGAGAGGCGACAAUUUUGUGAACCUACCUGAGGAGGGCACGCGCGAGGCGGAAGCGGGGGUCAGCGGCAGGUGCGGGGCUGGCGAGGAGGCAAAUGGGGAUGAAAGUGGGGGUAUAAAUGCUGGCACAAAUGCUACCACAGAUGUUGACACAAAUGGGGAUGACGGAAGCGCAGUGGUCUGCUCAUUUAACAAAAUUCUGCAAAACAAUUCGACGAACGAUAUGAAGAUUAUAAACGAGACGAAUAACAUGAUGUAUGAUUUUUGUCAACCAAGAGAGGAUGCCUCGUCUGGUGUUUCAUCAUCAUCUUCUUGUGACUCCUCCGAUUAUGGAGAAAAGAAAAACCUGGAGAAGAAGCUAACUAUGUUUUUGUCUUGUUCCUCUUGCAUUACCAACAUAAAUGACGGGGGAAAUCACAUAAACAGCAAAUUAAACUUGGGGAGCGCAGAGAGCGUUAGCCACCCCAUUUAUGAGAACGACGGGGCAGGAGGGGAGUGUCCCCGGGAGAGCAUUCCACAGGAGAGGAUUCCCCGGGAGGGCAUUCCCCGUGAUGGAGACUGCCCCAAGCGACUCAAGCUCAACAGUGAGAGAAGCGAAGAGGGCAGCAGCGAUGGCAGCUGCGACAGCAGGAGUGAUAACCGCAGCGAUAGUAGCAGCGAAGACACCAGUAGCGAUGAAGACAUAAUCCAUGACGAAAAUGUUCUGCUGCCAAACAAAUCGGAUUUUGAAGUGAAUUACGACUCGAGUGUCUACUACUGCUCUAUGUGUGGUAUAUGCAACUACUGCAAGUGUGGGGUAAGAACCCUCUCCUAUAAGAACAGCUGGAUAGAGACGUUCAAUAAAAAUGGCUUCUCCUUCUUCGGCAUCGAUAAUCAAUCUCACGGACUCUCCGAAGGGUUCAAAAAUCACCGAUGCUAUAUAGAAGACUUUGAUAACUUCAUAGCAGACACACUUCAAGCGCUGGAACUUUUUAUUGAGGAGUGGAAAGAAAAGGAUGAGUUAAAGCCGAUCAUCAUUAUGGGUUUGUCCAUGGGUGGUUGCAUCGCAUUGAAGACUAUGGAAACCAUCUUUCGACUGAACAAGGAAUGGAAAGAUCACGUAAAAUCUCUAGUUCUCGUCUCUCCAAUGAUUAGCUUAGGAAAGCAAAAGAAUAAAAUCAGCAACAGGAUCCUCCUGUCGGCUACGAAAUUUUUAAAAUACAUUUUUCCUCUCCUCCCGGUUAAUGUAAAAGAGAGCAAUGCUAGAUAUCCCUGGAUUAAACAUGACGCCGAAAUUGAUCCCCAUCACUAUUGUGGCCCUCUCCGGAUAAGGAUAGCCCACGAGCUUGUCACUGCUGCAGAUAGCUGCUUAACGUAUAAGAACUUAAAACACAUCGAAGAGAGCGACAUCCACAUUAUGGUGAUUCAGUCGAAGAAUGACUGUGUGGUUGAUCCCAUUGGAGCCAUUGAUUUUUUGAGGAAAAUGAUGCGCCUGCACAGUAGGAGAGAGAGACGGAGAAAUGCAUCUAUGUUAGAUGCAGAAAGGGUUCGUCAAGCAAAUGCAGUUUUAUCCCGCCAAAUUAGUGAAAAUAAGCGAGAUUCCGUGGGCCAUACCGAUUCUACAUUCUUCAGCAGCGGGUACCACCCUGGGGAGGACGAUCUGAAUGGAAAGAAGCCCCCCCUUACGGAACUCCCCCGUGAGGGAAACACACACAUCAGUGCAGCUACGCGGGUCAUGGGUCACGUUACAAGCUCCUGGAAUACCGCCAUCAGGAAAGAGGAGGAGGAGGAGGUGUUGAGCAAAUACAACAGCUGCACUAUCUUUACCACAAAUAGUAAUAACCUCCCAUCCGAGCGGCAAGCAUUACUUCAUAAUGAAAGGAAAGAAGACCAACAUUCCCCCAUGUCUGUUAAGUCUUCCUUGUCCAUUGAAUCCACUAGCCGAAUACUUCGAAAUGACAGGCACUUCUCGAUGGGAAGUUCCAAAGAGGACGUGAAGGGAGAGAAGGGCAUAUGGACAUCCUUUGACCACGGGUACUAUAAGUCAUUCAAUUUGAAGAAACUAAAGAGCGUUGGCGGGGUGGUGGACCCCCAUGGGGAGGAGCAGUACAAGAAUCUCAGUGUCUACAUUUUGAAAUAUGGUUUUCAUACGCUUCCUGGGGAGCCCCACAGCCGCGAGACCGUCACGCUGCUGAUCGAUUGGCUCAACCGGAUAUGCAGCUGA